AUGCGAGCCAUCGCUAUCGCGCUCUCUUGCCUCGCUGGCCUCUCGGCUGUGCAGGCUACAAGCCUCGUGACUGUCGUCAAAACGGUCAUCGAGGACAAAGCUGUUUACAGAGUCGACAUCUCUACUCCAGCACUUGACGGCAAGGUCAAAUCCGAGCUAGCAGAGAUUAAUCGACGUAACGAAGACGACUCGCCUGGAAGCACUACGAUGACACGCAUCUGGAUCACAUCGCCAUACACAACCAACUUCGAAAUCCCAAUAACACAGAACCCUUCCGACAAGCCAAAGUCCGAAACCACAGAUGAUGAAGAAGGCUGGGAAGAUCUCACAGAGACACCCACACCCACACCCACGACUCCCGACGAAGUCAUAGAGACAAUCACGCGAAGUCAAUCACCAGCAGGCGCUCCGGUCAGGAACACCGUAAUACCCAACAUCCCGCCUAGUGCCGCUGCACCCACCUUGACAGACAUCCCCAGCAACUGGCCACCCAAAGUCGGGCCUAAUGCCGACCCAAACGAGCAACCGCCUUUGUUCCCCGAGAUCGUCAACCCGGGCUAUGUGCCCAAGCCGCCGCCUACUCCUGUGCGAUGGUGCGAUAUCUAUCCUUAUCCUGACAGUGAUUGCGAGACCAUGCCCACUGUGACUCCCACGCCCUAG